UCAAGGCUCUAUCUCUCGUUUCCAGCUCAGGCUAUACCUUGAACUGCUGUCUGCGGACUUGGCUGUCCAAGCACUUGGACUUUGGAGUUGGCGCGGCUAGACUUGUGGUUUGAUCGCCCUAGCACUGGCCAUCCCCUCGGCGUCUCGUGACAGCUUGAUGAAGUCAGGAGUUGCUCACGUACGAAUGUGCCACGAUUGACCCUUUUCCUCGAUCUCGUAUUCUGGCCAACUCUGCAGUGUGUUGUUUGCCACGACAGAGUCUUCAGUUUGGCUUGUGCAGGCGACUGACGGAUCUGCUUACCUCUAAAAGCUGACGUGGUGCAGCUGGAAGCACGAGAAGAGUCAGAGACGACAUUGUGUAAAUUGAUAUGUUUCUGGUGGUGGGUAGCCUAGUGGCACUACUUGGAUGUAGUGUGCCUAGUGUUUUAUCAACGUACGCACCGACAUGGGAUUCCCUGGACUCUAGGCCUCUACCUGGUUGGUACGAUGAAAGCAAAGUGGGUAUUUUCCUGCACUGGGGAGUCUUCAGUGUACCCAGCUUCGGAGCACAGUCCAGUGCUACGGCUGGAGAAUGGUUCUGGUGGUACUGGCGUGGGCAGCAGCAGAAAGAGUUUGUGCAGUUCAUGAAUAGCUCGUACCCACCCGAUUUCAAAUAUUCCGACUUUGCACCAAUGUGGAAAGCUGAGCUGUGGGAUCCGGAUGCAUGGGCACAGUUAUUUGCCGACUCGGGUGCCCGGUAUGUUGUUCUGACCAGUAAGCAUCAUGAAGGAUUCACUCUCUGGCCGUCCAAAGGUUCUUGGAACUGGAAUGCAAUGGACACCGGGCCACACCGUGACUUGGUUGGUGAACUAGCCACGGCCGUUCGUAAGCAGCCAUCGCUUCACUUUGGCCUGUAUCACUCUUUGUUUGAGUGGUUCAAUCCAAUCUAUUUGAAUGAUAAGAAAAAUGGCUUUUCAACAAAUCAGUUUGUUGCGGAUAAGACAGGUCCAGAGCUGCAUGAGAUCAUCAACCAGUAUGAGCCAGAGUUGAUCUGGUCGGAUGGUGACUGGGAGGCAUCUGAUACUUACUGGAAUAGUACCAAUUUCCUGGCCUGGCUGUACAACGACAGUCCCGUCAAGGACACAGUGGUGGUGAACGAUCGCUGGGGCAAGGGAGUGAGCUGCAAACACGGUGGUUACUAUACAUGCCAGGACCGCUACAAUCCCGGACACUUGAUCGAUCACAAGUGGGAGAAUGCUAUGACGCUGGACAAGGGCUCGUGGGGAUUCUGCCGCACAUCGCCACUUAGCAAUUACCUCUCUAUUGAACAACUGAUCAACGAGAUUGUUGUCACUGUCAGCUGUGGUGGAAACAUUCUCAUCAAUGUUGGCCCAACAGCAGAUGGCCGAAUUGAGCCAAUCUUCCAGGAGCGUCUACUGCAGAUGGGCGCUUGGCUGAAGACCAAUGGUGCUGCCAUAUAUGGCUCUCAUCCUUGGACAGCUCAGAAUGACAGUGUAAGCGGUGAUGUAUGGUACACGCUAAGCUCAGACAAGACCACUGUGUAUGCCAUUAGCCUGUCCUGGCCAGCGAGUCACCAGCUGCUGCUCGGCUCUGUGACCACCAUGCCCAAGACAGUGACACUGGUCGGCUACGAGGGAGCAUUGCAGUUUGCCAAGGGUCCGUCUGCUGGCAUUGCUAUCACUCUGCCUCAUCUGGAUACUAACGAUCUGCAGUGGGCGUGGGUGUUUGCUUUGAGUAGCUAAAGGCCCAAGUACCUGUGCAAUGCUUCUUUCCUUUUCUCUUUAUUGUGUCUGCACAAUCGAAGUAUGUCUACGUAUUAUUGUCUCAGUACUCUCACACCAGCUGUGUGUAAAUCUCCUUAGUUUGUUUAGCAAUCUACUGUAGCUCCUUAGCAGUUCUAGGUGCAAUAGCAAUGCUGCAAUAGCUGCACAUGUACUAGGGAGGGGUAUUUAGGUUUUGCGCGUAUCUGUCCCUGUUCUUUUGUCACACAUUCUCAAGUUUUUAGUACGAUAUUUUAUGGAAGUCUGGUCUGGUCAGAUUGUGUGUACCAUUGGGAGAAAAAACAGAUUAUUACAAUUUUGUUUUGUGUGCACAGCUCUCAGGUGCACACCAUUCCCUUAUGAAGUAUUGUCAUGUAUGA